UGUGUGCUUCACUGUAAUCACACUGCUCUGGAUGGCAGUGCUGUGCAGUGUGCCUGAGCUGACAGGGAGGAAGUUUGUAAACAAAACAAUCUUCCUCCCCGUCGAAGAUGCUCGCAUGCUUGCAGUGAAACACAAACACAGCACACAGGUAACCCUUUGAUCACCCCUUAUGGUAACCCCUUCCUGCCCGGUGCCAUUAGUACAGUGUCAGUGCUUUUUAUUAGCAUUGAUCACUGUAUUGGUGUCACUGGGGAUGUCAGUGACACCAAGUCAGCCCCCCCCCCCCCCCCCCCCCAGUGUCAGAAUGCCUGUCACAGUCCCACUA